AUGGAGACACGAAGGAUCCUCAUGAGGAGUUUAGCAGUUGUUGUUAUUGCAUCUGUGAUCUGGACUAUAACAGCAGAUGCUGAAAUGGUGUACUCAUGCUGUACUCGAGUCUCCACAGCAAAGGUGACCGAACCCAUCAUCGGUUACAGGAUGCAAGAGAAAAGUCUUCCAUGUGUGAAGGCCGUCAUCUUUCAGACUAAACAUGGAGAUUUCUGCAGUGACUGGAGACAACCAUGGGUGGAGAGGAAAGUUUUGCAGUUUUUCAAAGCUCAAAGAAACAAACGCCAUUCUACCACCACCAACAUCAUUCAUUAG